UCAAUUUUUGAAACGGAGUUUUGUUGAUCUUCAAUGAUGCGUCUUUUAUAAUUACAGUAGGAUUCCGCCGGUAAAUUUUGUGAUCGCGCAUAUCCGAAAGUUGGGUGGUCUGGCAUGUCGUCGUAUCAGCCAAGCAUAUCGGAAGCAGAUUUGUCAGUAUUUGAAAGAAACACGGAAGAUACUUUUGAGUGUGUUAUCCACCCCGUGACGUUGUUGGAUGUUUCGGAAGACCUCCAUGGCUUCUCUAUCUUGGAGUCUUUUGCGAAGGACAGAAAAUCAGUAAUAAAGACCAGGUUCCGAGGAGAAGAUUCUGAAGAAAUCAUUCUCAAACUACUGCAGCUAUUAGAAAGAAGAAACCUUGUUACGGAAGAAGCCCGCAAGGAAGCAAGGUCGAAGCUGCUAGGAGCUGAAAAUUCUUCUCUAGUAGAGCAAGGAGCCUUUUCUUGGGAUGCUAGCUGUGGCAAGACGCUAGGAUAUUGGACACAUAGUGUACAAGGGCCUUCUUUCAUAGUUGGUUAUGCUUCUUUGGAUAAUAUACAAGUCGGACAGACAGUUAUUAGCUUAGUUCAGCUCACUGAACCUGUCAAUUUAGGCUCUUUAAAUGGUUCUCUUACCGAAUUUGUUGGUUUGGUUUUGACCGGAAGUGGUACUGGCAUGGUUUAUUCUGCUCCAGAAACUGCAAAAUCUGUUGCCAGUCUACUAGCAGACGCAGAAUUUCGUGAAGAAAGUUUUAAUUGUCCUACAGAUGAUGAUUUAAGGAUAGCUAUCCAUCGUUUUGUGGAACGCCAAUCAGCACGUAAAGAACAAAGGGAGGAGAAUGCCGUGAAACCGCUUAAUCAACAAAUGCAUCAUGAGAGCAAUGAUGCAACUUUGAAUCAAACCAUCGGCAUAAUGAAUGAAAAGAUAUACGCAAGUUCAAAUUCUGUUCAUCGUCGCUAUCAUCUUCUAGGAUAUUGGACCUCUGUUAUGUUCUUGUAUCCUUUUGUCUUAGUUAUUGCUGACCUAAAGCGUCGUUUGCCACAUUACCUGUCAGACUUUGUUUUCGAAAUCAACCAAAGACGUGCUCAACAGAAAUACUUGUUUGCCAGUAUAUUUCUAAUUUUUACCGCAACACUUCCUGCCAUUGUCUUUGGCUAUAUUGUGGAAAGAACCACUCAUGGGCAGAUCGGUGUGAUAGAGUGUCUCUUUUCUCAAGGGGUACUCGGUCUGGGGUUUGCACUAUUUAGUGGUCAACCUCUCAUGGUUAAUAUGAUUACUGGGCCUACUGUUGUUUAUAUUCAAGUACUUAUGCGAUGGUCAGACAAGCUAGGAUUCGAGUUCCUUCCGUUCUAUGCAUGGACUGGAAUAUGGAUGGGCAUCUUUCUUAUUUUAUCAGGCUGUCUUAAUACAGCUGCUCUUAUUCCUUAUUUGGGAAGGUUCACGGACGAAAUCUUUCAGACCUUCAUUGGUUUCAUUUUCAUUCAGUAUUGGUUUACUGAAUUGAUUCGAAUUACACAUCA